AUUGAGUUGAAGACUCUUCGCUGGCUUGGGCGUAGCUGACAAUUUUAAUUAUAACAGCCGUCGCUUCCGAUGUCAAAGAUGCGGGAAACAAUUAGAGCACUUGGAUGGAUGAAAGAGUUAAGCUAGACAUACGUUUGUGGCACGCAUUCCUAAUCAGCUUACAUGAAUAAAUGCAUUUGUUCAUAAAUGAAUUAAAUUGAAAGCUUUCGAGAGUUCAAUUUGUAAGCAACCAGCAAUCUUGAAAAUAUCCGCUUAAAUCUAACGGUUUACAGAUUCAAGCUUGGCGGUAUUUCACUAUUUCGAUAUCACACAUACGACACGUCAAAAAUAGUCAGCUCAACUCUUUAAACAUUUACCAACACUGUCCAAUGUUAUCGAUACUUGCAGCUGUUCGCAGGCUGUUUUUAUUAAUACUUAUUUGCAUUCACACAACUUGCUUGAAAACACACACAAAGUGGACAAAAAAGCACAUAAAUAACCGCAAUAAACCAGUAAUAGGUGCUCAGUUACAGUCCAACUAGGACAUACCGAAAGCAGGCCGUAUAUAACAAAACUUGCAACAAGCGGUUGUGGACAAAAAAGCAACAAAAUCAGCUUCGACAUGGAGCCGCCGUCAACGGUCGGAGGAGUUGCCCAUAAUAACAGUACACACAAGUUUCAUCCAUGUGAUGAGGCAGUGAUUGCCACCAAUGAUGAUGCCAGUGACUGCAAGCGGGGCGCUGUGCGUCUUGGCUACUGGAAGGACGAUUACAUUGGGUAUUUUGUGCGCAAUCAGGAGCGAAAGGCUCCAGAGAUAAAUCGUGGCUAUUUUGCACGAGUCAAGGGCGUUGAGAUGUGCGUGGAGAAGUUUCUGAAGAAAACGUCUGGCAACUGUCAGAUUAUCAACCUGGGCUGUGGCUUCGAUACGCUCUACUUUCGGCUGCGGGACACCGCACACCAGGUGAAGAACUUCAUCGAGCUGGACUUUCCGACAGUGACGGCACGCAAAUGCUAUACAAUUAAGCGAAAUAAGGCGCUACUGGCGAAGAUUAACGACGAGGAUGGCGAGGUGCGUCUCAGUCCAACGGAUUUGCAUGGGCCCAACUAUCAUCUGAUGGGCGUCGAUUUGCGUAAUCUGGACGAGGUGGACCAUAAGCUGCAGCAAGCCGAAGUCGACUAUACGCUGCCCACCAUAUUUCUCGCUGAAUGUGUGCUCGUCUAUAUUGAGGCACAAAACUGUCGAAAUCUGCUCAAAUGGAUAGCACUAAAGUUUCAAGCUGCCGUCUUCGUCAACUAUGAACAGGUCAACAUGAACGAUCGCUUUGCGGACGUGAUGUUAAAUAAUCUGCGCAGUCGAGGCUGCAGUUUGGCUGGCGUGGAGUCGUGUCAGUCGCUGGAGACACAAACGAACCGCUUCAAGGACUGCGGCUGGAGCGGUGCACGGGCCUGGGACAUGGUUCAAGUAUACGAAAGUAUUUCGUCUGCUGAACGCCAACGCAUCGAGCGCAUCGAGAUGCUGGACGAGGGCGAACUGUUGCUGCAGUUAUUCCAGCACUAUUGCCUCGUUGUUGCCUGGCUGGGCGUGGCCUUUCAGGAUCUAGACAUUACUGUGGAGGAUCUGAUGUCGUCGCUAAACAUUGACUAGUGGAAGUCCAGUUUAAAGACCAUCAACUUGAUCUGUUGCAUCCUUGCAUCAUUGCUGCUGUCUGGUGGCCAAAGUGCAAGCCAUGCCAAAAUUUUGCUUCAAGCGUUACGCAUAAUGUGUUAAAAACAACAAAAUUAAGAAAACAAAUUAUAACGUAUUUAAUGUUUGUCAUUCACACACACACAAGCACACCAACACACACACACAAUUUGCAUAAUUGGCAUUGCUUAUUUAACGCACCGUUUGUAAAUUCUUAAGUACACUUAAAUUAAGAUUGGCAAGAUUUCGAAAUUGUUCUUCCCAAAGCUUUAUUCUUAUUGCGCUUUUCGCUUUUCUACUCAUUUCUUUUUUAUUUGUAUGUUUUCCAAAUAUUUUACAUAUGUAAUUAUAAUAUUAAAUGUAUCAACGACAAAAAAAAAAACAAAAUCAAAAUAUUUUAAAUGAUUGUUCGUUCAUUCGUUUCUCCUGUACAAUUCUCGUGUGAGCUGUAAAUUCAUUGAAAUCAUUAAAAACCAACAAUAUUAAAUUAUUAAUGUCUUAAUACAACA